AUGGCGACAAUUUUUCGCAAUCUAUUCCGUAACAACAAAAAAGCGAGUCGCGAAGAAACGCCAGAAUUUUCGGACCGCGACUCAACGCGUCGCUCAAUCCGUUCCGCGUCCAAAAAUCACCGCUCGACCCGUUUUUCCGAUGAUAACAUGCUUCCCGCCACCGCCGCCUAUCACACUCAAAAUGCACCAAAACUACGAAAAGGUCCCCAGAGCUGUCCGGGAGCAUAUGUGGAAGAGUUAGAGGAAGUCGAGCAGCCGCGCAGAAGCUCUCGCCAAAACUACAAAAGCUAUCAUCACAAUUCGAUUGCGGGCAGUUCGUCGGGGUCUCGACGCGAUUGGGAAACAUCGGAAUACGGUAGCGAAUCGCCACGUCAUCAUCAUUAUCAGAAUUAUACGAGACAACAACAGGGACAUCGAAAUCAUUAUGAAUCGAGAUUGGAUGAUGAAGAUGAUGAGGAAGAACGAGAGGAAUUGGAUUAUGAACAUAAGAAAUAUCAGGUUAGCGAGGGGUUUUUGAGGGAUUUGGAGGGAAAAUUUGGAUUCCACGUGGAAUUUUGGUCCUGGGACAUGAAAAUUAUGGUGCAAAAGGUCGGGGGAUCGAUCCCCGGUGCCUGCGGUAAUUUUUAAUUUUUUUCGAUUUUAGGCUUAAAAUGAAGCCCAGGACCCGGGAAUUUCGAAUAAUCACAUUUUGUACGUGGAUUUUGACCCGGAAAUUAUUGUUCAAAGGGUCAGGGGAUCGAUCCCCGGUGCCUGCGAUAAUUUUCAAUUUUUCACAAAUCUUCCAAAAUUUAUAUUCAAAAUGUAGCCCAAACCCUUCCGAUUUCAAAUUUAUCAAUUUCAGGACCUAAAAAUGCGCUACCGUCGACAUUACGAGGAUAAAUUGAACGAUUAUGAAUGUAGAAGAAGAGAUGAUCGGCGUCGAAUCAAAGAACUCGAAAAAGACAAACAAAUCAUUGAAAAAGAGAAAAAUGAUGUUGUCAAAAUAAUGAUUCAACAAAAUGAGAAAAUGGAAAAAGAGAAGCGAAAAACUGAAUAUUAUAAGCGGAAAAUGUUGGAAAUGGAACAACAAAUCAAUCAAUUAAGAGGCGGAUUUGCCGGAUUUGGUGUAUUUCCACCAGCUACACCACAGAUUUUUGCGAAUGGCGCGUUUGGAAAUUCGUCUAUUGGAUCAGGUAGGAAUUUUUGGAGUGUAGAGUCUACACUGUAGACCGCAAGCUUUCGCUUCAGCGGCCACGUGGUUUCUUAUGAUAUGGUAAACGUCUUAUUAAUCCGCGUGGCCGCUGCGCGGAAGCUUGCGAUCUACACUCGCUCCGCUCGAAAACCCUUUCCAAGUCCUAUUCUGAAAUAUCUGAUAAAAAUCUGAAAACUGGAAUUUUCAGCACAAAUUAUCGGACGAUUCAGUAACCUUAAUUUGUGCUGAAAUUCCAGCAUUUUCAGAUUUUUAUUGGAAUUUCAGCGGAGAUGCGGAAGCUAUGCCCAAAUUUCGAGCGAAGCGAGUGUAAACCGCAAGAUUCCGCGUCAGCGGCACUGUCUUCCGCUUUAGCGGCCACGUGGUUUACUAUGAUAUGGCAAACGUCAUAGUAAUCUACGUGGCCGCUGUGCGAAAGAUAGUGCCGCUUACGCGGAAGCUUGCGGUUUACACUCGCUCCGCUCGAAAAAUUCUUUCCAAGUCCUAUUCUGAAAUAUCUGAUAAAAAUCUGAAAACUGGAAUUUUCAGCACAAAUUAUGGGACGAUUCGGUAACUAUAAACUAGUUACCAUAGUUUGUGCUGAAAUUCCAGCAUAUUUCAGAUUUUUAUUGGAAUUUCAGCAGAGAUGCGGAAGCUAUGCCCAAAAUUCGAGCGAAGCGAGUGUAAACCGCAAGCUUCCGCGUCAGCGGCACUGUCUUCCGCUUUAGCGGCCACGUGGAUUACUAAUACCUGAUGCUAGGCUUGUUUGGUAUCAAAAAAAUCCCCGCACAAAUUGCUGCACUUCGCCUAACUUCCUCUAAUUUUCCAGGCGCCAACUCAGCUCGUUUCUCCUCAUUUUUGUCCAGCUCAAUUCGCCCCAUCUCCUCUUCAAACACCCCCACAACUUCAGCAAUGGACACAUCUGGCGGUGGCGCCCCAGGUGGAGCCGGCGAAUCUCUCGUCCCCGCCUCCGAUCUUAGCCUAAUUCAAAUUCCACCAAUGGCACCAAUCAUUGAUCUACCGCAAAAUGUGCCAACCGGAGGCGUGAUUGGCGCAAAUUUUGCGAAUGAUUUUGAGGAUAUCGAGGAGGAUGAGAUCAAGAAUUUUCGAACUGCCGAAACACCGUCGAUGAGUAUUGAAAUGCCACGUGUCAGUGAUAUGUCCGAAGGGGAAUUGAGUUUUUUGAAGGAGAAAAUUGAGGUAAGGGGCGGAGCUUGUUAAAAUUCAUUUUGCAACUCCCGCACGGUUUUUUCCCGCUCCCAAAAACCCCAUUUUUUGUUCCAGAUUCGCGAUGAGGGAUACAGUACUACACCGGAUGAAAUUGUUGCUCAAAAAUCCUAA